GUGCCUGAAGACGGUUUUAUUGGUUUUCUCUGGAGAAAGUCACAGUUGGGGGAAGGGGGGAGCGGUUGACAAAGCGCCCAGGUAGCAUAGACUUCCAUGAUGGCACCAGCCCCGCGGACGGUGUGGGUUCUUCUCGCGCUGUCCGGUGUCCUGAAUGUGCGCUCCUGUUGGACUUUUACUUGUCCUUCCAUUUGCGAAUGUUCAAUGAAGAGCGAUACAUGUACCACAAACGGGAGAGAAACGGGAGAGAAACUCAGCUGCACGAGGGAAACGCAACUAAGGUCCGGAGUCGCUCCUUCGUUUAUUCGAAACGUAAGACUAAUUCAUCUGCCAUUGACAGAAGUUUCAAGCAAUGCCUUCAGGGGACUGAUCAACGUGUCCAGAAUUGAGAUCUCUCAGAGUGACUGCAUCAGGAACAUAAGAAACCAUGCAUUCCUCUCUCUCCACAGCUUGGCUGAGAUACAGAUACAGAACAUCAGAAAUCUGAUCAGUAUAGAGAAGGGGGCCUUCACUGAUCUGCCCAGGCUGAGAUACCUGAGUAUCUGUAACACAGGAAUAAUACAUUUUCCUGACUUCUCCACCAUGUCCUCUUUGGUGAUACUGGAUAACUUCUUCCUUGAGCUGGGAGAUAACAUGCAUCUCGACAGCAUACCUGCCAAUGCCUUUCAAGGUAUCACAGAGGAGAGUGUCUACAUGAAAAUUAUAAAAAAUGGAUUCAAGGAAAUCAGGUCACACGCUUUCAACGGAACAAAUCUGGAUAAACUGAUUCUGAAAGGAAACAGGUAUCUGAGGAACAUCCAUGAAGAUGCCUUUGAGGGGGCCUCAGGGCCAAUUAUGCUUGACAUCUCCUCCACAGCUCUCCACACCCUCCCCCGUCGAGGCUUGGGACAUUUGAAGGUCCUGAUUGCCCGUUCUACCCCUUACCUGAAGACUCUACCCCCUCUGGAAAGCCUCCUAGAGCUAGAGGUGGCAGAGGUCACUUACCCCAGCCACUGCUGUGCCUUCCACACCUGGCGACGCAAACACAGGGAAAAAGUUAUCCUUGCACUCUCUCCGAACCUCAGAAGGCUGUGCGAUGACGAUAAAAUCAUGGACCCAUCAGCAGACAAUGUAACAGACCUGUACGACAUCAACUUCCAAUACCCAGACCUGCAGCUGAGCCUGUGUCCUGGACCCUUCCAGUGCACCCCAGAGCCUGAUGCCUUCAACCCCUGUGAGGACCUGCUGGGGUACUCCUUCCUCCGUGCAGUCACCUGGCUCAUUACUGUGUUCGCUGUGGCUGGGAACAUGACUGUGCUGAUUGUACUGAUCACCAGUCACCAGAAGCUUAAUGUCUCCCAGUUCCUGAUGUGUAACCUGGCCUUCGCAGAUCUCUGCAUGGGGCUCUACCUCCUCCUCAUUGCAGCCAUGGACUACCACUCCCGCAAGGAGUACUAUAAUCACGCUACGGACUGGCAGACGGGCGGGGGCUGUGGCGUGGCGGGGUUCUUGACGGUGUUCGCCAGCGAGCUAUCUGUCUACACGCUGACCAUGAUAACGUUAGAGCGGUGGCACACCAUCACCAACGCCAUGCACAUCAACAAGAGGCUGCGGCUGAGGCAUGUGGUGAUCAUGAUGGCUGGAGGGUGGGGUUUCUCCCUAUUGGCCGCUCUGCUUCCCAUCCUGGGGGUCAGCAGCUACACUAAGGUGUCGAUCUGCCUGCCCAUGGACAUCGAGUCCCUAGCCUCUCAGGUGUAUGUUGUAGCCCUCCUCCUCCUCAACGUCGCUGCCUUCUUCAUCAUCUGCUGCUGCUACGUACGUAUCUACAUGUCCAUCCACAACCCCGACCUAGCAACCCGCCACGGCGACGCCAGGAUCGCCAAGCGCAUGGCCAUCCUCAUCUUCACCGACUUCCUCUGCAUGGCACCCAUCUCCUUCUUUGCCAUCUCGGCGGGUCUCCACAUGCCCCUCAUCACCAUCUCCCACUCCAAGAUCCUCCUCGUCCUCUUCUACCCAAUCAACUCCCUCUGUAACCCCUUCCUCUACACCAUAUUUACUCGAGCAUUUCGGAAGGAUUUGUGUCUAUUGUUGAGUCGCUGUAGUUGUUGCCAUGCCAGAGCGGAGUUCUACAGGGCACAGAACCUGGCAACACACACUAUACCGCCUAAGGGUAGGUCUACAUCCCCCAGAAAGGCUCACUCUUUCAGGUUCUAUGCCUACCACAUCAAGAUGCAGGGAUGCUUCCUCAGCAAGGGAGGUGGAGUGUGUGACUAGUCUCAGUCAGUCAGAACUAAGGGUACAGCCACAUUGAGAUUUUGGUUGCGUGGCCCUGCUCAGACGUUGCAUCAACCAAUGGCUGCGUGCCACAUCAUUGACAGUGUCGUCAACUGACAGAUCGCUGUAACAUAUGUGGUUAGCUAAUACGUAAAAUGCCUAUCCAGACAUUGUAAGAUCUGGCAUGCGUCAGCAACGCCUGGGCAGAGAACACACCCUGAAAAUUCCAGAUUGAGCCAAUGGUUUUUCAAUGUGAGUCAUCCGUUAUCCAGAUGAAUGACAACAGAUUGUCUGUCAAAAAUACACAAAGCAUUCAAUUCAACUUUUGAUGAGAAAAAACGGGCAAUGAUGUAAGUCAUAUACAACUUCAUCCUUGUUUAUGCAUCUCGUUCAGGCCCUGUGAUAGGCUAGCGUCCUGUCCAAGGGUUGUACUGUACAUUAAGCUGCCUCACACUACAGAAAUAAGAGAGGCUCCUGCCUCUAUGAGCUUUUCUGGCUUGCAGAAGCCACGCCUCAAUGUGGCCAUAGCCUUAAUCUCUGCUGUAACAAGGUGAUUGAGCAUCUGUGCCCCUCCCUUGUCGAUUAUGGCAGCCCCCCGCACCUCUCUGAUUCAGAGGGGGUGGGUUAAAUGCGGAAGACACAUUUCAGUUGAAUGCAUUUAGUUGUACAACUGGUAUCCCCCUUUCCCGUCAUUGUAAAUGACAUCAUUGUAAAUAAGCAUUUGUUCUUAACUGACUUGCCUUGUUAAAUAAAGGUUCAAUUAUAAAAAUAAAGACAAGCACAUGGGAGUUCUCUGGGCAGGCCAUAUCAGGGAAGGAGCUGCUGCCGGCCUCCAAGCUGCCAUGCUGGUUUGGCGUGAACGUGUUUUAGAGUAUUGUUGUUGAGUGUAAUAAUGUAAAAAGUAAAGUGCAUUGUUUGUAACUUGAUGUGGCAGAUUGGAGCCCAACAAGUUAUAGCACAACCUUUUCAUUGCUAAUACUGUAUUUUUCCUUGUGUACAUUUUAAAGGGGAAGGCCCGUUUGUAUAUGUGUACAUUUUAAAGGGGAAGGUCAGUUUGCAUGUGUACAUUUUAUAGGCCAGUUUGUAUUUACCUUAAGUCUGAUGCAUUGGUAGCUUAUAGUAAUGUCAACACGUGCAUUUCCCUUAUGUUUAAUUGAAACUUGUAAUAAACUAUAUUUUU